ACACCCACCACGUGAAUAAACAUGGCGUUUGUUCUUGCCCGAGUUCUGUUCAGGAGUUAUUCAAGCCUGCCUGGUACGACUAGAGGAGGCGGAGGGCUGCUCAAUCAUCCUCUCUUGACCUCUCCCGAUGGAUUCCAUUCCUUAAUUGACUCCACACUUGAGUCUUGUAACGAUAUAGUUCGUCAGAUACUGACCGUCUCUCCAACAAACCAAACCACAGAUAAAGAGACUCUCCUUCUUUUUGACGAGCUCUCAAACGCCAUAUGUCAAUCCGCCGACCUCUCUGAGUGCAUAAGACUCCUUCAUCCUGACCCUAGCUAUGUCACUGCUGCUCAAUCUUGUUCUGCUGCCCUUGGAGGCUAUGUCGAACAGCUUAACACCAGCAGGGAACUUUACGAUGCUAUAAAAGACAUCAAUAUGGAGUCCCUUGAUCCUGUAUCGUAUAGACAUGCCUUCAGCCUACUCCACGAUUUCGAAAUCAGUGGAAUCCAUUUAAGCAAAGAUAAGAGAGAGAAAGCUCUUAAACUUCACAAGGACAUACUUUAUCUUAGCCACGCCUUCACGGAGCAGUGUCCCACCCCCUCACUAAUUAACACGAAAUCUGCUCCACCCUCAAUCAUCAGACACAGACACCUCUUUAGCGACCAUGACAGCAGUCAAAACCUCUACAUAGACUCUGUUCCUUAUUUAUCAGGAGACCCUGAGCUACGUCGUGACUGUUAUAAAGAAUAUUACUCAUCUUCUCAUCCAAAUAAGGAAGUAUUGGAUGCACUCUUAAGAUCAAGGCACUCUCUAGCUAGGCUGGUUGGAUACGACACAUUUGCUCAUCGCACGCUAGCAGACACUAUGGCAGGAUCUCCCGAGGUAGUGAUGGAGUUUCUGAAUGCUCUUAAUGACAAGAUUCAACCGCUAGCAGAGCAGGAACUGUAUGAAAUGGCUAGUGUGAUUGGAACCACAAAAGAUAGACUAGAACCUUGGGAUUUUCCUCUAGCUCUUGACCGAGCAAAGAAGAACCUAUUUAAGAACUCUGGUGAGCAUUUUCCACUCUCAGCUUGUUUGAAGGGCCUCCGUUUUUUAACCAAGUCAUUAUUUGAUGUCGAUAUUGAAUUAACUGAUAUUAAUCCGGGCGAAGUUUGGGAUGAUUCUGUACAGAAAUUCACCUUCAAACGUGAAGGAGAAGUAUUAGGCAUUUUAUAUUGUGAUUGGUUGAAUAGAAGUGACAAACUUGCUUCUGAUUGUCAGUUCACCAUACAGGGAGGCAGAGAGAGAAGGGAUGGGUCUUAUCAAAUACCCAUCAGUACUCUCUCCCUCUCGUUUCACUCCAAUCCUCCUCUACUGACUCAACAUGCACUUGAGAAUUUGUUUCAUGAGAUGGGUCACGCCCUUCACUCCAUAUUAGGGCGUUCGCCUUAUCAGAAUACGUCUGGCACAAGAUGCACCACUGAUUUUGCUGAAAUACCUUCUAAUCUAAUGGAGCUGUUUUUAAAAGAUGAUUGUGUCAUUAGUUCUUUUACCAAUACGGCACCGUCUCUUAACUUCUCAUCAAAUCUGUUUCCAGCUUUCAAGACGCAAGAGCAAAUACUUUACUCUGUUAUGGAUCAGGUUUUUCAUGGGCCCCACCCACUGGGCAGUUCGACGAAUGAAAUAUUCUCGGGCCUUCAUGACAGAUAUUCAGUUAUACCUCAUACCAGUGGCACUUCAUGGUACCUCCGGUUCACUCAUCUUUAUAGCUACGCUGGUGAGUACUAUUCUUAUCUCUGGUCACGCUCAGUAGCUAAUCUCAUUUGGAAGAAAUGUUUCUCUAGUAACCCUCUCUCUCGAACCAGUGGGAGGAGAUACGAGGAAGCCAUGUUAAAGCAUGGCGGUGGACUCCACCCACUUGAUAUGGUGAGGAGUAUGUUGGGAUAUGAACCAAGUGUCGAGGAACUUGUUAACGCUUAUUGCGAAGAAAUUAAUAACAUGAAAGAAUCAAUGACAUUAUGAACACACAGCUAUUGUGAUGAUUUAUUUUUGAUGAAAAUCACAAAGAGAGAGAGAGAAGGAACAGUGUUAUUGUGUAUAAAGAAAUAAUCAUUAUUUAUUUUAUUAUAAUGAUCAAGAUGUGACAGCUAAAUAAUAAUAAUAAUAAUAAUAAUAAUGGUGUUAAUGAUCAAUUGCUUCAUUAGUCUCA